AUGCUGCGCUUCCUGGUGCCCCGGUUGCUCUGCCUCCGUGGCAGGACCGCCCCGUACUCUUCGGCAGCAGCCCUUCCGAACCCCAUCCCGAACCCAGACAUCCGCUACAACCGGCUGUUCAUCGACAAUGAGUGGCAAGAUGCAGCCAGCAAGAAGACCUUCCCGACAGUCAACCCCGCCACGGGAGAGGUCAUUGGCCAUGUGGCUGAGGGGGACCGGGCUGACGUGGAUCGGGCAGUGAAAGCAGCCCGCGAGGCCUUCCGCCUGGGGUCUCCAUGGCGCCGCAUGGAUGCCUCAGAGCGUGGCCGCCUGCUGAACCGCCUGGCCGACCUGGUGGAGCGGGAUCGUGUCUACCUGGCCUCCCUGGAGACUUUGGACAAUGGGAAGCCUUUCCAGGAGUCUUAUGCCUUGGACCUGGAUGAGGUCAUCAAAGUAUACCGGUACUUUGCUGGCUGGGCUGACAAGUGGCACGGCAAGACCAUCCCUAUGGAUGGCGAGCAUUUCUGCUUCACCCGCCAUGAGCCUGUUGGCGUCUGUGGCCAGAUAAUCCCAUGGAACUUCCCCUUGGUCAUGCAGGGCUGGAAGCUCGCCCCAGCGCUGGCCACUGGCAACGCUGUGGUCAUGAAGGUGGCAGAGCAGACCCCCCUGUCUGCCCUGUACUUGGCCUCCCUCAUCAAAGAGGCGGGCUUCCCCCCAGGGGUGGUGAACAUCAUCACCGGCUACGGCCCAACGGCGGGUGCAGCCAUCGCCCAGCACAUGGAUGUCAACAAAGUUGCCUUCACCGGCUCUACUGAGGUGGGCCACCUGAUCCAGAAGGCGGCGGGCGAUUCCAACCUGAAGAGAGUCACCUUGGAGCUGGGUGGGAAGAGCCCCAGCAUCGUGUUGGCCGACGCAGACAUGGACCAUGCCGUGGAGCAGUGCCACGAAGCACUGUUCUUUAACAUGGGCCAGUGCUGCUGUGCGGGCUCCCGGACCUUCGUCGAAGAAUCCAUCUACGACGAGUUUCUUGAGAGAACCGUGGAGAAGGCUAAGCAGAGAAGGGUCGGGAACCCCUUUGAGCUGGACACCCAGCAGGGGCCCCAGGUGGACAAAGAGCAGUUUGAACGAGUCCUGAGCUACAUCCGGCUUGGCCAGAAGGAGGGGGCAAAACUUCUCUGCGGUGGGGAGCGUUUUGGGGAGCGCGGUUUCUUCAUCAAGCCCACGGUCUUCGGUGGCGUGCAGGACGACAUGAGGAUCGCCAGAGAGGAGAUCUUCGGGCCUGUGCAGCCCUUAUUUAAAUUCAAGAAGAUGGAGGAGGUGAUCGAGAGGGCCAACAACACCAGGUAUGGCUUGGCGGCUGCUGUGUUCACCCGGGACCUGGACAAGGCCAUGUACUUCACUCAGGCGCUCCAGGCCGGCACAGUGUGGGUAAACACCUACAACAUUGUCACCUGCCACACGCCCUUUGGAGGGUUUAAGGAAUCUGGCAAUGGGAGGGAGCUGGGGGAGGAUGGGCUUAAGCCCUACACGGAGGUGAAGACCGUUACCAUCAAGAUUCCUCAGAAGAACUCGUAAGAAUGGCUA